UCCUUUCCUCCCUCUCGCUCUCUGCUCUCGCACAGGCGACGGCGCGCGCGGCCGGCGACGGCGGCUCCCGGGUGGCGGCGCGCGGGUUCAGGGCGGCGCGCGGCUACGGCCAUCAUCACAUCUCGACGACGCCGCCAUCAGUCGCUGCCAUCGGCGAUGGCGGCACGCUGCAGUGGGCCAUCCAAAACUUCAUCCGCGCCAGUGACUACAUCACGCUGUUGCACGUCUGCCCGCCAGCGAGGUUGCGCAGCCUACGCCUCGGCGGCUUCCAGCUCGCCCUCGCCUUCAGGGAGCUCUGCAACGGCAUCGCGGAGGCGAAGGUGGAGAUAGUGGUUAGGGAGGGGAAGGUCGGGGAGACGGUGGUGGUGACGGUGAACCAGCUCGCCGCCACCACGCUCGUCGUCGGUCUCCACGACAAGAUUCCUCAACUGAACUGAACUAUACUGUACCGAAGCUGGUCCUCCACCACGCCGUCGUCUGGCCUCCGCAUUCUGCAGGCCAACAACCCCGGCCUCGUGCACCGGCAUGGAGGGCCCUAGGGGCGGCGAGAUCGACGAUGGCCGCUGCCCACGACGAGGUCCCCUUGGAGGCGGUGGUGGUCGAUUCCAUUUUUUCCCACAUCCAGGCAGGUGGCGCGGCGGAGGUGGCGGCGGGAUCCGCCGGGAGGUCGCGGAGGUGGGACGCCGCGGACGAAUGGAGCGGCGGCGCGGCGGGCGACCAGGACGAUGGCCACUGCGCCACGGCGGGAUCCAGCGGGGACGAGGGGGACGACGACACCGACGAGGAAGAGAGGAUCCCGUCGGGAGGAGCGGGCGCUCGCGCCCAACUCCUCGCCCACUGUCGUUGCCUCCCAUCUCUUCCCCCGGCGGCAGCCGCCCGCGCCCAGCUAUUCCCCCUUUGGCCACCGCCCGUGCCCAGCUCCUCGGUCGUUGUCGCCGACGCCCAUCUCUUCCCCCGCCGCCCAUGCGCGCGCGGCUGUGCUCAAUUGACCAAGCCUUCCUCCCUCGGCGGCCGCCGACACGCCCGCCUCACCGGCCAUCCCCCGCCAGCCGCCGGUGCGCGGCACUCCUCCCCUGUCGCUGUGAGUGAGAGAGAGAGAGAGGAGGAUGAAGAGAGAGAGAGAGGAGGGGAAAGAGAUAGAGGGCGCUGACGUGGCAUCCUGACACGUGGGGCUCACGUGGGUCCCAUGCUGACUCAGCCAUCACAUCGGAUAAAUGAGUGAACGGUUUUGUAAGUUGAUAGAUGUUAUAUAUCUGAUUUUGUGGUUGGGGGAUGAUUUUGUAAUUCGAUGACAGGUUGAGGGACCUUGGGUGUACUUUUUCCUCUCCCGGAAUCAACUCGCCGCCCAUUUCCUCGAUUUACCGCCUUGUCUCAUACUCUCAUCUCAUGGGGCAGGUAGGGUUUACUGCCCGGCGAUCAUCUCCGCCGCCGCCUCCGUCGCCGUCGCCGGCGACCGAGGCGAGGGCCUGCGGUAGCGACCCAACCCAGCCGCCGCCGCCGGCGAAACGCCGGAGGACAACACGCCGCGUCGUCGGCAUCGACUCCCUCGGCGAGGACCUCCUCCUGGACAUCCUCCUCCGCCUCCCCACCCUCGCCUCGCUCGUCCGCGCCGCGCUCACCUGCAGGGCGUAGCGCGCCGCGGUGGCCUCCUCCCCGUCCUUCCGCCGCCGCUUCAGGGACCUCCACCCGCCGCCCUUCCUCGGCGCCUUCGGCGACCCCGACGGCCACGACGGCCUCCCGGUCUUCCUCCCCGCGCGGCGCACCCGCGACCGGGACCGCGGCGGCGACUUCCUCCUCACCUGCCUCCAGGACCCCGACCACGACGCGCCCCUCCGCUGGCGCGUCGCCGACUGCCGGGACGGCUACCUCCUCCUCUUCAACUCCGACGCAGGAUUGGUCGCCACCGUCAACCCCAUGGCCCCGCGGAUGACGGAUCUCAUCAAAACGCCCUUCCGGAUCAACAAUUCGGCCAGCAAUGGCGCCAUCCAAGACGAAUCCUUGCCAAUCUCCCUCGACGUGCACCUGAUUUCCUCGGAAGAGGAUCCCAUGUCAUUCCAACUGGUCUGGCUUUGCCACGACGAGUUCAGGGUUCAGGUGUCCGUCUUCUCGAACGACACAAGGGAUUGGUGCUUUCUCCCAUGGGUGGACAUCGAGGAGAGGGUUUCUUCGCCGGAUGUGCCACAAGAUGGCACCAAAUACUGGCUUAUGUCCGGGAUGCAAGCCAAUGGCCUCAUAUUCUGGCCCUUCCAGAAUGGGAAGCACAUGCUGGUGCUGGACACUGGCACCAUGGAGUUCUCCGUGUAUGAGUUCCCAAUAUACUCUAAGCUCGUGCAAGGUUGUAGCUUCGGUGUCGGCGAGACCAAAGACGGCAUCCCUUGCAUUGCUUAUGUCAAUGGAGCCACCAUUGUUGUGUUGAUCCGCAGAUUCGACAAGAAGCAGGGUGUUCAGGGGUGGAGGUUUGUCGACGGCGUCAAUUGCGACGACGAGGCGGACCAACUGGGUAUUAAUGGUGGGCUUGAUGUGGUGGCCAUAAAGGAUGGCUUUGUGUACCUGGCCGCGACAGGGAUGAUCCUUUCGCUCUGCUUAGAAACAAGGAAGCUUGAGAAGCUGUUUCCAAUGAGUUUCCAGUUCCCUCUCCAUCCCUACAUCAUGGCGUGGCCUCCUACUUUGGUAGGAAACUAUGGGAGCUUUGCAGAGAUCCAAGAUGAUAUUAGCAAUGUUUAACUGCUAGCUAGGUUAAGGUGGCAAAUUUAAUCUUUAUUAAUUGUUGCGGGAACAUUGUUUUAUUCAAUUCUCUAAUCAGGGGAUCAACAUUUUGGUGAUAUUAUGCAAAAAAGAAAAAAAUCUUUCAACUUCAA